UCUCUCUCUCUCUCUCUCUCUCUCUUUCCUUCUUUUUCAGAUUUUAAUCUUCACACCCACCUCCUACUCUGACCCCAAUUUGUUCUUCAUCACACAAAGAAUGUGAUUAGCUCCCCUUCUUUUUCUCCUCCUUCUUGGAUUCAACUCUUUGUGGGUUCUUCAAAUUCGAGAUGGGUAUUCUGAGCGGUAUUCUGGGUUUCUGUGGCUUCGGAAUUGGAACUUCGGUUGGGAUCGUGAUCGGCUAUUACAUGUUCAUCUACUUCCAGCCUACUGAUGUCAAGGAUCCUGUGAUUCGGCCUUUGGUUGAGCAAGACACUGAGACGUUGCAACGGAUGCUUGCCGAGAUCCCCUUCUGGGUUAAGAACCCGGACUAUGAUCGUCUUGACUGGCUUAACAAGUUUGUUGGGAUUAUGUGGCCUUAUCUGGAUAAGGCGAUUUGCAAGACUGUGAAGAUUAUAGCUAAGCCCAUUAUUGCUGAGCAAAUUCCAAAAUAUAAAAUCGACGCUGUUGAUUUUGAAGUACUUACAUUGGGCACCCUACCGCCUACUUUUCAAGGAAUGAAAGUUUAUAUCACUGGUGAGAAGGAAUUAAUAAUGGAACUAAACUUGAAGUGGGCAGGAAAUCCUAACAUCACGGUUGCAGCUAAAGCAUUUGGAUUGAAAGCCACAGUUCAGGUGGUUGACUUGCAAGUAUUUGCGUCCCCACGUAUCACCCUGAAGCCUUUGGUUCCGUCCUUUCCUUGUUUUUCAAAAAUCUUUGUUUCCCUUAUGGAGAAGCCACACAUUGACUUCGGACUAAAACUCCUUGGAGCGGAUGCCAUGGCUAUUCCAGGCCUGUAUACGUUUGUUCAGGAGACUAUUAAGGAGCAAGUGGCAAAGAUGUACCUAUGGCCCAAGUACCUCGAAGUAACUAUCAUGGAUCCUAAACUUGCCAUGAGAAAGCCUGUUGGGGUUCUCACUGUAAAGGUCCUGAAGGCUACAAAACUCAAAAAGAAAGAUUUAAUGGGAGGAGCAGACCCUUAUGUUAAAAUCAAGCUGACUGAGGACAAGCUUCCUUCCAAGAAAACCACAGUGAAACAUAAAACUUUGAACCCUGAAUGGAAUGAGGAAUUUCAUAUGGCUAUUAGAGACCCUGCAACUCAAGCAUUGGAAAUUAUGAUUUUUGAUUGGGAACAGAUUGGCCGACAUGAGAAAAUGGGUAUGAACGUCAUUCCCUUGAGCGAACUUACUUCUGAUGAGUCUAAAGUUAUGACUCUUGACAUACUGAAAAACAUGGACCCAAAUGAUGCUCAAAAUGAAAAGUCGCGUGGACAGCUUGUUGUGGAAGUGCUCUAUAAAGCCUUCACGGAGGAUGAGAUGCCCGAUGAUAAGGAAGAUUCGAAUGAGGUACAAAAGGCUCCUGAGGGAACACCUGCAGGUGGUGGUAUGCUUGUAGUUAUUGUCCAUGAAGCUGAAGAUGUGGAAGGAAAGCACCACACAAAUCCACAUGUUCGAUUACUAUUCAAAGGGGAGGAAAGAAGAACCAAGCAAGUCAAGAAAAAUCGAGAUCCAAGAUUUAACGAGGAGUUUACCUUUAUGCUAGAAGAACCACCUAAAACUCAUGAUAGACUUCAUGUUGAAGUAGUCAGCACCUCCUCGAGGAUGGGCCUCCUGCAUGGCAAGGAAAAUCUUGGAUAUGUGGAUAUAAAUCUGGCGGAUGUUGUUAGCAAUAGAAGGAUGAAUGAGAAGCACAAUCUGAUUGACUCGAAGAAUGGACGAAUCCAAAUAGAGCUGCAGUGGCGAACAGCUUGAAGGUGUUGCAGCAAAAGUUGGAUACAGAAGUUAUCUAGGUUUCAUUAUGUAGGCUUUACAUUUUGUUGGUUUUUUUAUAUUGUUGAUAUAUGAUUCCUGGCUACAAUUUGUUUCUAGUUGGAAAAAGAAUUAUUCUGCGAGUUUAUAUUCAUGCUCAGAUCAUAAUUGUCAGUUUGUCACAUACCACUAUUUGAAAUAGAUGUGAAUUUCAUACGUGUUCAGAUUACUA